AUGCAGAAUUUCCGAGGCUUAGUGCUGUGGUCGCUUCUCGUCUUUUCCCCCUACGGACAAGCACAGUCAUCGAACCUGACAAUCGCUUUUUCGCCAGCUAUCAGUGAAAGCUGCGCAUCAUCGUCUAAUGCGUCAGAAGUCGGAGCGGUGACAUUCACUACUGCCGACGUUCCUAUUUUGAAUCAUUGCUUCAAUCUCGACGAAGUCUUCCGAGGCUCAGACAGCGGAAACAACACGUUCACGGUGCCCACAGGCUUCACAACGUCGGGCGAUCCUUCCCUCGUACAUUAUGUCCUGUCGAACCAAGAAGCUUUCGACCCCGCGGCAAACUACAGUCAUGUCUAUUAUCAGCAAAGCUUUCCGGUGUCGCGCUCACAAGGCAGUGAAGAGGACGAUCUGCCAGACAACACGGCAGCUCGGCUAUUCCAGCUGUACUCUGGGCAGAACUGCGAAAACGCCAUCGAGAUUUCCGCUUCUGAAGGACAGAACACCCGGCCGUGGUAUGCAUAUAGCUGCGUCAGCGAUGGUCAAUGCAACGUCGCUGCGUUCAGCGUGAAGAGCUUCUUGGUGGGUGAUGCUACCACAAGAUUGAAUCUAGGUUGGGGAGACAAAUGUCGAGACUUUGUGUAUUCAGGGGAUGGAGCGAGAUUGAGAGGAAAGGUUGGAUGGGCAGGCGCUACGGUGAUCGUGGUGUUGACGUGGUGGAUGUAG